CUCAGAGGCGAGGCGGAGGGGCGAGGGGUGCCAUGGCGGAGGCGCGGCGGGGGGCCGAGCGGGGCUGGUACCUGUCCGCCCGCCGGCAGCGAGAGGAGGAGGAGGACGAGGAUGAGGAUGGAGAGUCCGCCCCGCUGCUGCCGCCGCUGCCGGGCAGCGUGCGUAACCCUCCAAAUCGUGGCUCGUCCUUUGGUUUCUCAGUAUUUAAUUUAAUGAAUGCAAUCAUGGGAAGUGGCAUACUUGGCUUAUCCUAUGCUAUGGCCAACACAGGGAUCAUGGGGUUUAGUAUCUUGUUGCUGAUUGUUGCCAGCCUUGCUUCUUACUCUGUAUUUCUUCUGCUCAGUAUGUGCACUCAGACUGCUGUCACUUCUUAUGAAGACCUUGGUCUGUUUGCAUUUGGAUCAGCUGGAAAGGUCCUUGUUGCAACUACAAUAAUUAUCCAGAAUAUUGGAGCUAUGUCAUCUUAUCUUUUAAUUGUUAAAUCUGAACUUCCUGGUGCUGUUGCGGGGUUCUUAAGUGGAGACGAGAGUGGGUCUUGGUACCUUGAUGGGAGGCUGCUGCUGCUGAUUACUUCAGUCUGCAUUGUUUUUCCUCUUGCGCUUCUUCCUAAAAUUGGCUUUCUUGGCUACACAAGUAGUUUAUCAUUUUUCUUUAUGGUGUACUUUGCUCUUGUGAUUAUGAUUAAAAAAUGGUCAAUCCCUUGUCCUCUACCUCUAAGUAGCACCACAGAGACUUUACAGGUUUCAAAUUCUACUGGGGAUUGUAAAGCAAAGUUCUUUCAUCUUUCAAAAGAGAGUGCUUAUGCAAUACCAACUAUGGCCUUCUCUUUUCUCUGCCAUACCUCAGUCUUACCCAUCUAUUGUGAGCUCCGAAGUCCAUCCAAAAGUAGAAUGCAGAAUGUAACUGUGACAGGAAUUGGUCUGAGUUUCCUAAUUUACUUUAUGUCUGCUCUGUUUGGGUACCUGACAUUUUAUGACAAAGUGGACUCUGAAUUGCUACAAGGUUACAGCAAGUACCUGCCGCAUGAUAUUCUCAUCAUGACUGUUAAAGUAGCCAUACUGUUUGCUGUGCUUUUGACAGUCCCUCUAAUCCAUUUCCCAGCAAGGAAAGCUGUGUUGAUGGUAUUCUUCUCUCAUCUUCCUGUGUCGUGGAUUUGCCAUAUCCUUGUCACUUUAACACUGAAUACAAUUGUUGUAUUGUUUGCAAUGUACGUGCCAGACAUUAAAAAUUUAUUUGGAGUAGUUGGUUCUACCACGUCAACAUGUUUGCUUUUUGUAUAUCCUGGACUAUUUUAUCUUAAACUUAGCAGAGAGGACUUCUUAUCACCACAGAAAAUUGGGGCAUGUGCCCUGGUUAUUUUUGGCAUUUGUGUUGGCCUUCUCAGUUUAGUUCUAAUAAUUUUCAAUUGGAUUAAUCAAUAACAGCCUGUCACUGUCUGACUGAACUUCAGAAGGACAGCAAGAACCAGAGAUGUGUCAAAACUACUGACAUGAACGCUGGACGUCCUGAAGAAAACACUGACCAAAGCUGUCUGUGGAAGCAAUAAUGCUCUUUUUCACUGCGUUACCAAUGUUCCUUCCUUAAUCUUGAGUCACUCUCCUCAGUUAUUGUACAACUAGUCUUUGCCAUUCUAAAAUAUUAGUUUUUAAUGAUGUAAUUCUGACAGGUAAAAAGAUCUCUUCAGAAUUUUGCAAUGCAAAAAAUGGUUUAGUGCACAUGGUGAACAACAGCAGAGCCUUGAAAUAACUUCUCUUUUAAAGACAAUGAGAUGGAUAGAUAUUACAUCGAUCACGAUGUGUGUGUCAUGACGUGUGUAGUUACGAUAACACACACAUUCUCCUAAACAGUGAAAGACUUCUGUGACUUGAAUAACUUCCAAAAUUUCAGCCAGUUCAUAUUAGGAACUUCCUGAUUCCAAAUGUUUACCCUAAUUUAUCCUAACAUGGAUCCAGAAAACAGCUGCCUUAGCCCAGUUUAAUGGGCACUUCGUGAUAGUAUUUGUUAAUUGUUUUUAUAAUACAGUUCUUAUACCUCAGUGUACUUGAAUCAUACUGAAGUAAUUUUUAAAUUAGAACGCUUUGCCCAUCUAGCAUAACAGCUUUUAGUGGUGUUAGGAAGUAUUUCCAUUUUGCAGUUAAUAAUAAUAGACAUUUUUCAAUUAAUAUCUACUUUUGAAUAUUACUCAGUGUACCUCAGUAUUCUUCCCACUGAAAGACUUUUUUCUUUUUCUCUUCUCAUUCCCAUUUUUACAAGUGUUUAAACUGGAAGUAGAGUGCUUCUAUAUUUUAUGUACUGUUGUGUGUCAGAGAAGGUUUUGGCUUGAAAGGUGAAAUUCUGCCUCUGUUGGAGAGAAAGGAAAUUUUACGUUUACAGAACCCUAAUUUUAUCUCGGAUCUUUAUAAACUUCCACAUACCCUUUUGUAAUUCCUCUUCUUUUUUUUUCUUUCUAAAUGAAAUGUGAAUGCAAUUUUCAACACCAGCUGGGCUCUGUUAAAUAUGGCAUUGAGUGCCCACCACCAAAGUUCCUCAUAUUAGUAGAAUGAAAGCAGUGGCUGAUAUUGUGGUAAGGUUUUUAAAAUUUGUUUCUAUCAGAUGGGAUCUCAUGUCUUUAAAAUAGCCUAAUCUCUUCAGAGACUUCAUGCCCUAAGGAAGCUGAGCCUCUGCAGAAAUGGCUUCUGUAGAGUUAAGAAAUUAGACCUCAGCCUCAAAUGGCAAGAUUUAGAGAGAGUGGGAAAGUUCUUCAUUAUUUCCAGAUGCAGUAUUUCUUUUAAUUCAGCUUAGCACUUUUACAUCUGAGAGAUGGAAUAAGACACAAGUGAAUCAUAGCAAAGUAAUACAUUUAUGUAAUACAAAAGCAGCUGGUAAGUGACAUUUUUUCUGUCCAUAAGUUGCACAGUUAGCAAAUUAGUUGGCUGUUGCUAGAAAGUCCUACUGAGAUGGUUCUGUUAAUAUGUUGACUCAGGUUUUAUCAGUUGAAAUAGGGGAGGUACCCCAGUACCUGGCAUUUCUAACCUCUUAGCAGUGGGUCUGUGCUAUUAGCCUUUUUAAUUAAGUCACACUGGAUUUGGAAAGCACUGAUUGGUGUGCCAACUUUAACAAAACCCUGACUGAAUGUGCUCGAUCCUCACCUGUCUAAUAGGGUGGAGCAGCAAAUAGCAGAGUUGGAAUUAUCUUCUUUAUUCCUGAGCUGACAGACUAGGAUUUCUCAUGCCAACAGUUCGCUUGGCUCUCUCAGGAUCCAUAAGAUACUUUCCAUUUUUAAUAGAUAGCCUGAAGGCACCCAGGUGGUGCAGCUUGGUACUGCUUCAGGAAUCCUUUUUGCCUGGGGAAUAUCCUUCUCCUUAUGAGUUUAAUACAGAAAUAGACAUGUGUGGGGAGGCCUGGGAACUAACUCAGAAGUUUUGGUGGGAUCCCAAAGGAAAGGAUACCUGGAAAAGAUUGCAGUUAUUUUUAAAGUAAAGUUUCUAGCACAGGUUUCACAACACGAGGUGAGCCAUCCAGUAGUUUGUCGGCACCAGAAACGGCACGUCUGUUCUUGGCCAGAAGUUCACAACUACUUCUGUGACAGUGGCCGUGGCUCCUGGCCACCGUGUUUAAUUAGUAGAAAACCAACAUGACUGCGAGAUGUGGCACAUCAUCUGCCAACAAAAUGAACUGAGGGCGCUCACGUAGGGAACGAGAAGAGCGAGGGGGGUGGUCAGAGCGGGACUGCCUUGUUUGAGCAGCAGCAGCCAUUGGAUAGCUUUUUUUUUUUUUUUUUCAUAAAACCUCACACUUUGCCCAGCAGUUUUGCGUCAGCGGGUUAAAGUUUGUGUGUGCACAUAGGGGAUGCCUCUAACUUGAGAGGUCUCUGGCCUCCUUUGAUCAAGGGAUUGAUCAGACUUUCUCAUCAUUGUGUAUUAAUGGUUGAGGCUCCCUGUUUUGCCUUAGUUCUUGCAGUUCUCGCAGCUUGUUUAACUCUCAGUAACCAGAUGUGGCUGCCCUCUAAUAGCUGCAUUUCACAGGCUUCAUUAUACUAUAGGGAUUCAGGCACUCGGGGUGUCUCUGGCACUAGUGUAAAAAGCUAAAUAUUUACCUUAUAAAAAGGUACCUUGAGAAAGCAAUGACAGCCAUACAUCAGGAAGUGAUUUUUCUAUCUGAGUGAACCAAAACUUUUUAGGAAAACGGGAGAACUUGUAUUCAUGUGAGUGAACUCUAGGGCUUUUUCAGACACUAGGAUAUAGGAGGAAUAUUAGCAAUUUUAUGGUAAUUGUUUCUCAUUUAUCAUACACUCUUGCAGCAUGCUAUUGAGUCAUACUCGUAAUCACCGCAGCCACUUCAUUUUAAACUCUAACCAGCAAGACUUUACACAAGACUUAGAUUAUCUGUGAAAGUGCAGAAAGUUGGCAAAGUUUUGCUAAGCUUUUUGCUCUUUCCUCCUCCCCUGAAAAAGCUGAGCCUUGCUGUGCACUGUACCAGUCUGUUCAUACACAGGCAGCUGGGUUUGUGUGCAUUGUCUUAAAGAAUGCGACUGAGAAAAUACCUGAAAUACCAUGUUAAUUUUACAGUUGAUUCCUGUAAUGCUAUGGAAAUCGCUAUGUUAUUGUUUUUAAUCCCUGGGUAUUAUCCUAACGAGCCUGGCUGUUAACUAACUGUCCUAAUAAGUAGACUUUGGAAUGAUGAAUACCAGUGUAUGAAGUUAAUACUCGGUGAGGAUGAAUGGAAGCAAUUCACACCUCUGCUGGAGCUCUGUUAUUACAUUUUGGCUGCGGUGCAGAAAGGAUAGCAGCACGGGGUUAGAGAAUGUGUGCUAUCUUUCAUCUGAAAAAGAGUUAGAAAUAGUGCUACUUUCCAGUUGCUGUGAUACAUAACUUAAAACAUGGAGAGAGGGAGAAGGGCAGAAAGAGAAAGAACUUCUAUUUCCAAAUUUAGAAAAAGGUAGGAGCGUUUUCCACAAUGAAAAAGCAAAGUAAGGAUGCUAUUUUUAUCCUUCGCAUCUCCCACAGUCUGCUCUGUUCGUUGUGUCUGUGUAAGGGUUUCACUACAACUGUGCACUUGCGUGAGUUUUUUGAGCAAAGCAGGCCUCCAGCCUGGAACUCUCUGCUCCCUCGCAUGUUGCUAAAUAUAUUUUUUUCUCUCUCUAUUCCUGUAGACAUUUCUUUUCCCCUGAAUUUCCAGAUUUAUUAAUGUCAGUGGUUCGGCUCUAUUACCUGUAGGUAGCGUUUUCCAACCUUCUUUUCCGAGGACUUGACAGGAAUGGAUGAAGGGGCCUGCAGCAUUUCUGAACUCCCUUGGAAAGGUUGCCUUUCCCCGGCUGAACCAGAACAAUGUAGGAGAUGAAAAUUAAUCGGUGGCCUUUGAUUUGUUUUCUCUCAUUCUCCUAUUUCCAUUCCUUGUCCAUUUGAAGGCUGCUCAGAUUUCAGAUGGACUGUGGUAAGCUGGGUGUGGAGAGCGUCUCUUGUAAACGGCAUUGCAGGAACGAGUGCCGCAACACAAAAGCGCUCGAAACCUGCCUUUGUAUUGCAGUAAAUGCUCGUGGUUUAUUCCCAUGUUUCAAAGCAGUUUGUAUCUUAAGAUAAUGAUUUUCAUGACAAUGUUUGUUGAAAAUUCUCUCGUGCCCCAGUAUAGUGAAAAUUGAGACACUAAAACUGUCCUAUCCUCUCUCUGUCCCUUCUCUCACCUUCCCCUUCAUUUUUGCACUAACACCGGUUACAUGGCACUGAGCGGGGAAUGUGCCAUUAGCGGAACAGCCCGAGGGAUCGCUGGCGGGAGAGCAGCCCGGGUGAGCGGCUGUGGAUCAGGGAGAGCACCACUUUAUCCCUGCCCUGCAGGCUCGUGCCCACUGCUGCCCAUCACCAAAGACCAAUGCUAUGCGCAGGCAGACCUUUUUGGUGGGCCCGUCAUGUCUGUUCUUGUAGGAAUUUGUCUUUUUGAAGUAUGGAGACAUCUUAACUUCGCAACAUGGGAAGACUGUGCUGAUUUGGAGUUCUUAAAUGAUACGUGGUGUGUGUAAGAUACUCAAGGUGCCACAUUUCCGACCCGUGCAAUCCUCCUAAUGAGGAUGAAAACACGGCGGUGCAAUGGGAUCUCUCUGACUGAGCUGCUAGGGCAAAUGUUAAAUCCUUGAGCAGCUCUCAUUGUUUGCAUGAGAGAGAAUAUGGGCUUGUACUUGAUACUAUGUGCAGCACAAGAAAUAAUUUUGGUGUGGAUCUGCAAGUCAGUGCUCCAAAGGCAGUAGUCCCUGGAGGCUGCAGGGACGCGGGGGGUGGUCAGCCCACGCUUGCCUGCUCUGAGGCUCCACAGGCACCUCCUUUGGACAGAAGCAGAGCAGGGCUAUGGACCGACGGGGGUAUUUUGCCUGACCCAGUAUGGCCAGUCUCAUUGCAAAUCAAUUCCUAAAAUUAAUUUGGAGGAUUAUUUGUGAACAAUAUGAAAUGCGUCCAUUAGCAUCAGCCGAUGGGCGUUCGGCGUUACAAGCGAUAGGUGAGGUCAGAAGUAUGUCAGUUCUGGAUAGCAGUACCGGCGAUGUCCCCCGUCACCGCGGAGGUGCACCUCUCCUGCAGGCCAGCUCCUGAGCCCUCACUGAGCCAAAGGGAGGGUCGGAAUUUGGAGUCCUGCCGAUCCAGAGGCCGGGGGGGUUCUUCAUGAGGCUUACGCUGGUAUUCCUAUAAAAGAUAGAGAGAGACAGGCAUAUCUGCCAAUGCUCCACUACAGAUACUUGGAGAGUAAUCAAGUUGUUUCCAAACCAACCUACUUAAGGAGAUGAAAAUGAAUAUUCUUAUUUCUAUAGUGGGCACCCUAAUGUGCUCUCUAAUUAAAAACUGACAUUCAGAUCAGUCCAGGAGUUAAAGUAACAUUGAUGGCUGUAGCACUCCUUUCCCAACUAGAUUUAAUUUAACACUUUACCUGAACCUGUUGGUUUACAGCUGACUUUCACGUUGAAAGCAUUAGUUGUAGUUGCUCUGCAUACUGAAAAGCCUUCAGACACAUUUACUGCUACUUCCUAAUGACUGCUGGUGGGAGAGGAUUUUCAGUAUUACAAAAGCGCUGCCCAAUUUUUGCAGUUUGUGGUGGUGGUUUUUGUAUUUGUGUUUCAGUAGUGGUCAUCCAACCGUGCUUCAUGUGGAAUUGGAAUUCUUGAAAAGAAUUAUCUGUAUGGAAAACUUGCCUAGCUCGUGUCAAACCUGUAUGUUGUACAAGUUUCCUAUUUUUGAGUUCUCCCUCCCUCAGAUUCCCUGUGGAACAGCCAGGGCACGUUCCAAAAAAAAAAAAAAACCCAGAAAAUAAAGCACAGUUUUUUGCAUAACUCA